UGAAGCAAGGAAGUAAAGAUACUUAUAAACUCCAGAUAAAUAUCUGAGACCAGAACAGACCUUGGAGCUGAGAAAGAAAGGCCAGAGGUGCCGGGAAAGCUGCCUAAGUCCACUGAAAACCACUCUGCCACUCUUUCUCGGACAUAAUGACGUCUUCCCAGACAACUACCUACCCUGCGAUGCAUGUCACCAUUCCCAAUCCUUAUGCACCAACAAGCUCCAUGGCUCUUCAUCCUCAACCACCUCUGGGUUUUCUAAACACAGGAAACCAAGUACAGACUAGGCAACUUUCUUACAUUACAUCUCCGGGAAUCCUCACUACCCAUCAGCUCGGUCUGGAAAAUGUGCCAACAGGGCAUCCAGCUCCAAGAACAACAACAACCAACCCCAAAUUUAAAGAUGCAGCAAUGGCUCUUGGGGCAGUCCAUAUCAUAACUGGAUUGAUGCAUAUUGGCUUUGGAAUUGUUCUUGGGUUGCUGAGCAUCCAUUACCAUAUGUCUUGGGCAUUUUGCUCUAUUGCUUUUAUUGGUGGAUAUCCAUUCUGGGGUGGACUCUCUUUCAUUGCUUCUGGCUCACUCUCCGUAUCGGCUUUCAAGAAACCCUCCCCCUCUCUGUUGAAAAGCACCCUGGCAAUGAACAUUAUUAGUGUUAUCUUUGCCUCUGUUGGCGUGAUUCUGUUUGUGUGGGAUCUGAACACCAACGGCUACUAUUAACAGAACUACUGGAUGGUGCUUUCUGGGACAGGAAUUGUAGGCGUGCUGGCAAUAUUUUCCAUGUUGGAGGUCAGCAUAGCAUGUGCCAUGGUUCUCUUUGCCUACCAAACCCUACUCCAUGGCAAAAGGUCUGCCCUGGCUGUUCCAACUGUGCAUGUGGCCAACCCCUUCACACAACAGCCUUUCCCAGAUCCUGCAAUAGACGAGAGAGUACCAGCUUAUGCUCCUCAACCAUACCAGGCAUAAAGAAUCACUGGGACAAUUUCAUAUAAUAAACCUUCUCUGAAAAAAAAUUCUUAUGAAGUUA